UUCAAAAUCAACACUUUCCUUCCUAUUUAACCCCCUUCAUUCUUCUUCUUCUCCACAACCCUCACCCACCUCCCAAACACCUCUCACAUUAUUAUUCUUUCUUUCUUUCAUUCUUUCUAACAAUGGCAUCUUUUCAGAAAAUUGAAGACAACUUGUGCCAAAGCCACAGUGAUCCACUCAAUUGGGGGGUGGCUGCCGAGUCCCUUAAGGGAAGCCAUCUUGAUGAGGUGAAGCGCAUGGUCGAAGAGUACCGGAGGCCCCUUGUCAAGCUUGGUGGUGAAACUCUUACUAUAUCUCAAGUGGCUGCCAUUGCUACUCAAGAUUCUGAUGUUACUGUUGAACUUUCUGAGUCUGCUAGAGCUGGUGUUAAAGCUAGCAGUGAUUGGGUUAUGGAGAGCAUGAACAAGGGGACUGAUAGUUAUGGUGUUACUACUGGUUUUGGUGCUACCUCUCACAGAAGGACAAAACAAGGUGGUGCUCUCCAGAAGGAGUUGAUUAGAUUUUUGAAUGCUGGGAUUUUUGGAAAUGGAGCUGAGUCUGAUCAUACUUUGCCCCAUUCGGCUACGAGGGCGGCCAUGUUGGUGAGGAUCAAUACUCUUCUUCAAGGCUACUCGGGUAUUAGAUUUGAGAUUUUGGAAGCCAUUACCAAACUCUUGAAUCAUAACAUCACUCCGUGCUUGCCUCUUCGUGGGACCAUUACUGCUUCUGGAGAUCUUGUUCCUCUUUCUUACAUUGCUGGAUUACUCACUGGUCGACCAAAUUCUAAAGCAGUUGGUCCAAAUGGAGAAAGUCUUGAUGCAAAGGAGGCUUUCCUACAGGCUGGUAUUCCAUCCGGGUUCUUUGAGUUGCAACCUAAGGAAGGGUUGGCUCUUGUCAAUGGAACUGCCGUUGGUUCUGGGUUAGCUUCUAUUGUUCUCUUUGAGGCAAAUAUUUUGGCUGUUUUGUCCGAGAUUUUGUCUGCCAUAUUUGCUGAAGUUAUGCAAGGCAAACCUGAAUUUACUGAUCAUUUGACCCAUAAGCUGAAGCAUCAUCCUGGCCAAAUUGAGGCAGCUGCAAUUAUGGAACACAUUUUGGAAGGAAGUUCUUACAUGAAAACGGCCAAGAAGUUGCAUGAGAUGGAUCCUCUCCAAAAGCCUAAACAAGAUCGUUAUGCCCUUAGAACUUCACCCCAAUGGUUGGGUCCAUUGAUUGAAGUUAUUCGAUUCUCUACAAAAUCUAUUGAACGGGAGAUUAAUUCAGUCAACGACAACCCAUUGAUUGAUGUUUCAAGGAAUAAGGCUUUGCACGGAGGCAACUUCCAAGGAACUCCAAUUGGAGUCUCUAUGGACAAUACUCGUCUAGCUAUUGCUUCAAUUGGAAAGCUUCUUUUUGCUCAAUUCUCAGAGCUUGUCAAUGAUUUUUACAACAAUGGAUUACCCUCAAAUCUCUCUGCAAGCAGAAACCCAAGUUUGGAUUAUGGAUUCAAAGGUGCUGAGAUUGCCAUGGCUUCCUAUUGCUCUGAACUUCAAUAUCUAGCAAAUCCCGUAACUAGUCAUGUUCAAAGUGCUGAGCAACAUAAUCAAGAUGUCAACUCUCUUGGUUUGAUCUCUUCAAGGAAAACAGCUGAGGCAAUUGACAUUUUGAAGCUCAUGUCUUCCACAUUUUUGGUCGCUCUUUGUCAAGCAAUUGACUUGAGGCAUUUAGAAGAAAACUUGAAGAACACAGUUAAAAAUACAGUGAGCCAAGUGGCGAAGAAAGUCCUCACCACUAGCUCAAAUGGCACGCUUCAUCCUUCAAGAUUUUGUGAGAAAGAUUUACUCAAAGUAGUUGAUCGAGAAUACACUUUUGCUUACAUUGACGAUCCAUGCAGUGCUACUUAUCCACUGAUGCAAAAGUUGAGACAAGUUAUUGUUGAGCAUGCUUUGAAUAAUGGAGAGGACGAAAAAGACCAGGCUACUUCAAUCUUUCAAAAAAUUGGAGCAUUUGAAGAGGAAUUGAAAGCCAUUUUGCCCAAAGAAGUGGAAAGUGUGAGAUUGGCAUAUGAAAAUGGAGAUGCAACCAUUGAGAACCAAAUUAAGGAAUGCAGAUCUUACCCAUUAUACAAGUUUGUGAGGGAAGAGUUGGGCACUAAAUUGCUAACCGGAGAGAAGGUUGUAUCUCCAGGAGAAGAGUGCGAAAAGGUUUUCACUGCAUUGUGCCAAGGAAAAAUGAUUGAUCCAAUUUUAGAAUGCUUGAAGGAAUGGAAUGGCACACCAAUUCCCAUAUGCUAAUGCAUUAAGAGGAGUUAGACCAUACACGAUUAUAAACUUAAAAAUAAUGUCAUAUUUGUUUUUGUUAUUUUUUUUAAUCUUCAUUUCAUUUUGUUUCCAUCAAAGUUCAAGUAUAAAAAAUUGUACUUGUGAGAAUUUUCAAGAAAUAUACUUGUUUCAAUUUAUAAA